CAAUUAAUGACCUCAGUGGCAAGGCAAGGUAUGGGGGUAAGACCGAUUACACACAAUUUAGUAGCAAUACGACUUAUCAAUUUAUUGGGCGGUCACAUCGAACAUUUCGUUCUAAUAAGGUUUUGACGGGUCGAUGUCGUUCCGGGCGAUCGACAACCCCGGAACGACAUCGACCCGUCCAAAUUCCCUAGGGUACGCAAUCGAGGGAUACCCGCACGAGGCUGCUCGAAACAAAAUGUCUUCUCGACGUUAAGACAGCCUAGGUGGAUAAGGAGCCAGAGCAGCAGAAUCUACAAACACCCACCGUCCCGUUCGCACCCAGAACUUCCACUAUGUCUGAUAUACCCAAGCCUUCCUCCCCCGUCGCGAAUAGGGGGUUCGCUCACCUCGCCGUCGCACCUAAAGUACGAUGACCCGCAUUACGCCGCGAACAUGCCUGUACCCCCUCGCCGCCUCUCUCGUCGUCGCCUUCGCUCUCUCCAUCUCCCUCACCUUCCGUUCCAACCAUCACUGCUACGCUGCUACCUGCGGCGAGUGGCUCUUUCCCCUACAAGCCCGCCUCCACGUCGCAGUCUGGUACUCUUGGCUCUCCCUCUUCGUCACCUUCCUAGCCGUGCGUGCGUUCUCGCCAGAGCUGCGCCGAUUCCUACGGCUUCCGGUUCCUGGGUUGGAGAAGUACGUCGCUCUUAGCGGGUUGUUGGUGGGAGUCUGGGUCGUGGUGUUGUAUGGCGCGCUCAUCGGGGUGUGGUGGUGGCGGCUGCGUGACUACUUCGUUGCCCGGGGCCAUGAGGGUGGCAUUGAGAAGGGGAAUGGCACACUCGCUGCUAUUGCUCUCUUAGGACACCUGUGCGAUGUCACGCUGGGGAUGGUGCUUGUCCCUAUCUCACGGCAUAGCGCACUCGCGUCCUUCUUCUCGCUGUCUGUAUCGACGACACUGAUGUUCCAUAUGGCGACUGCGUACACUCUGUUCGGACUUGUCAUGAUCCACGGAUUUCUGUAUGUGUCGUGGGUGCCGACCUUCAAUGCUCUGUCGGCGCAGCUGAGGAUGGUGUUCCCGGUGCUCAAUCCAACAUAUCUAUACCAUGAAACGUGGCCAGGGAAUACAAGUGCGCUAGGAGUGUGGAGGGCAUCGCUCAUUUUCUCGGGGGUUUUAACUACGGCGAUUAUGACGCUCAUUGCUGUGACGACGGUGCCGGUAGUGAGGAGGAAGCACUUCGAUCUGUUUUACUAUACGCACCUGCUAAUUAUACCGGGGGUGAUAAUCAUCUGUCUCCAUGCGAGCACGAUCUUCUAUUGCGCUGCACCUGGACUUCUAAUGUGGGUGCUGGAUUGGGGGAUGCGCCUAUACGAGUUGCGAAGGAGAUUAGACGGCAAGAUCACGACUGUUGGGAACGGCUGGUAUUGCCUCACGCUCCUCCUUCCCCGCCACCGCCUCGAUGGCUGCGCUUGCACCUCUCCACUCGCUCACUUCUACCUCUACCACUCGGGCUCCUCAAUGCGGCAACUCCAUCCUUUCACAACUAUUACGCAUCUAGCGUCGCAGAACGCCGCUACGCCGCUAUCCGAAGAUGACUUCCUUAUUUGCUUCCUCUUCCGCAAGCAGGGCAGGACAACCCAAACCCCCGAGCCCUCGACACUUGACAAUAGAUUCACGCUCCUCAGAUAUCUCAGGCGUACGAGAACUGCCUCGCCAGCUGAAUGGACGGAUAGACUAGCUAGCUUGGCUGAUAAAGCAGCCCUCACUACAGAUUCCCCACUACAUCGUGAUGCAGCUAUCCCCGACCCAGAGGGGCCUUUCACCAUGCUCACCUCCCCAAGAGCUUGGAUUAAUACAGCCCAUGCCGCUCUUGGUAUCCGCGCCGAAGGCCCAUACUUCACCCCCGCGGACCCCGCACGCUACCACACCGUCGUCUGCAUUGUCGCUGGAACGGGUAUCAGUGGUGCGCUAGCAAUCAUCAGUGCCUUUGCCGCACAGAAGACAAGGGAUGCUGAGAAUGCCGCAGAGACGGAUAUGUGCGUGCCGGGAACUUGUAGCGCGGUGCAAGAGCCUGUGCCGGUACCGGUUGGUGGCCGGAGAAUGUGGGAGCGUUGCGUGGUGGUGUGGAGUGUGCGAGAGGCUGAUUACAUUGCCUUGCCCGCUUUGAUAGACCAUGGAAUCUCAAACCUGGAAGUGCAAGUCCACCUCACUGGCAACGGAAGGCCGAGGCUAGAUGUUGUGAAGACCCUGGCGGACGUGAGGGAGGAAGAGAGGAAAACGUGGGUUUAUCUGUCGGGACCGAAUGCGUUCAUCGAGGCGGGGGAGGUUGCGUGUAGAGCUAGCGGGGGCGUCGAGUGGUUUGGGGCACGGUGGAGUAUUUGAUUUUUUGGGGCAAAAAGGGGAGAUAUAUGGGACACGAUAUUUCUUCGUUGCUUCGACAAGACUGUAACAGUAAAUGGGUCAUAACUAUAUCUAAACCUCUCCCUAGCUAGAGGCGCCAAUGGCUUGGGCAUAGCACUGGUCUUGGAACAUUUUUAAAAAAGCAUUCAAAACCGCUUCUAUGAUAUAAACUUAACUUUAUAGUUACUAUGGACAAAGACAGAC